AUGAAAAUGAUGUUUGUUGCUUUUACUAGUCAGCACCACCGUCAUUGGGAUCUUCGCCUGGCUGAACUGGCGUUCGCUACAGGGACAACAGUUAACAGGUCUACAGGCUUCACCCCGGCGUUCCUGAACUUGGGACGAGAGGCACCUUUUCCAGUGGAGAAUGCUCUUCGCCUCCGGGAUGGCAGUACCCAGCCUCCUUAUUCGAGGUAUGCUGAGGACCUCCGGAGUCGACUGGACGUUGAAGCUCGGACGGCUCGGGAGAAUCUGGACGUCGCAAGGUUGGACCAGGCUCGCCAGUACAGCCGUGGACGUCGGAAUGUCACCUACAUCGUCGGUGACCUCGUCCUUCGACGGACUCACCCGCUAAGUGAUGCCGCAUGCGGCUUUGCAGCUUCGCUCGCAGAUAGGUGGGAUGGCCCCUUCGAUGUAAGUGCGUAUUCCUCCGGCCUCACUUACAGGCUUCGCCGCUGUGACACGUGCGAAGAAACUGGGCCAGUACAUAUCUCGGACCUGAAGACUUACCACCUCCGAGACCCCGAGGGUGAAGAAGCAGACGGUCAGCUUCCUACUCAAGACCUGGACCAGGAUUCCGUUCCCGGACCCUCCAGUCGCUACAGUUUGCGUCCCCGCAGGCGGCGAUCAUAG